AUGCGCUUAAAAACACCAAAACUCUCCAUACUAUCCGCAUACGUAUACUUCCUCACAACCAGUAUCACACAAGUAUCCUCCCAAUCAACUCUCAACUGCACCGCAGAAACCCAAACCGCAAACUCCCAAUCCGACCUCGACACACUUUCAGAAUGCGUGACUCUCUCAGGAAGCCUAACCAUAGGCCGGGACAUCGUAAACGCCACAAUAAACGGCAUCCAAACGAUCCGGGGCGCAUUCAGGAUCCUCUAUGGCGCAAAAGUUGAAAGACUCGAAGCCCCCGAUUUAUCAUUCAUCGGUGGGAUAAUGCAAAUUAACGGCGCCUUAAAUUUAACCGAUAUGCGUAUGCCAAAUCUUGCGAAUGUGGGAGCUCUUCGGUUCGAGUCACUUCCUCGACUUAAAAAGCUGGGGUUUAGUUCGAAGGUUGGAUCUCUAAACGAGGAGUUUACGGCGAUACAGUUGGUUGUGUGGGAUACUGCGAUUGAAACCUUAGAGGAUAUUAUCUAUGACAGGAUUGAGACGGUGCAGAUUAUUCAGAACGAAAAUUUGGUGAACGUUACUUUGCCGGUAAAGAAUAUUACUGGUGUUUUCGCGGUUAGAGAUAAUGGUGAAGGUACGAAGGUUAAUUUACCAUAUCUUGGGUCUGCGGGGGCUAUAGGUCUGGGAAAUUCGGUCGCAGACGUCAAUUUACCGAGUUUAAAGUGGGUGGAGACCGUCGUGGAGAUUUCUUCUGGAUCUUUAAAGACGAUUGAAUUUCCGAAUUUGGUUAAUAUUGGAAAAGAGAAGACUUCGACAAAUACAAGUACGAGAAGGGCGACGUUGGAGAUUAGUAGAUCUCGAAAUCUCACGGAUGUUUCGUUUCCAAAGUUGGAGUGGAUCAUGUCGGAUUUGAGGAUAAAUGGGUCUGAGAAGUGGACGGAUCUUAAGGGAUUCCCUGUACUGGGAAGUGUGGGAAGGGAUGUUGUUAUCAAUGGAUCAUUUACAAAUAUCGACUUACCAGAGUUAAGAGCUGGGGAUCAGGGAUCGACUUUUUGGAUUAAUAGUCCUCAAGUUGAUUGUACAAAUCUUAUGCAACAAUCGACAUUUACGGAAGGGAAUUGGAAAACCAAUAUUACCUGUAAUGGGAGGAUGUUUGAUCUUUCACCCGAAGGUCCUGUUACAGAGGAUAAGAAGUCACUGUCUGGAGGUGCAAUCGCUGGGAUUGUAGUGGGAGUUAUAGCUGCGAUUGUAGCAGCGUUGAUUGUGGUAUUUGUCUGUUUCAGGAGAAAAGGGUAUACGCAUACUCUACCGUGGAAUAGAAAUGAACCGCCUAAGAUUCCGGAGUUGGAGGAUGGGGAAGGGGGCACAAGGAAGCGUAAAAUAGUGGAACUGGGAGCUGGGACUUCUGGCCAGAGGGCUGCUGAAUUAGACGGCGUAAAGACGAGCGUGAAUCCCGAACUAGAGGGGAGUAUACCCUUAGCUGAGCUGGAGGGGGCAUCGAGAGCGAACAGGGCUCCUGAACAUCAAGUUUCUGAUACAAAGCCACCGGAAUCGGACCAGAGGUAG